UAGGCAGAGAGUUGCUGCGAUGUUUGCAGCAGAGGACGGUGCCCAGCUGCAGUGCUGUGUGACGGUGGAGCAGCUCAACCUCUCCGGCCAGGCCACCCGGCGGCAGGUGAUGCGGAAGGCCUCUGUUAUUCUGGGCCGGAAUGAGUUCCAGGAGAUUAUCCUCCGGGUCCACGACGGAAAAGUCCCGCAAAGUUACCAUCUGAAAGAGUUCAAACUUUUCACCAAGUUCGCCAGAGACGGCAAGUGCACCGUCAAACUGCUCCCUGCAAACAUCCAGGUGCUCCUCUCCAACUGCCCCCCUGACCGGCUGAGCCUCUUCCUCAAAACCCUGAGCAUCAAACACCAGGCCUGGCAGAGCAGCAAGCCCCUGAGCGACAGAGACAAGCUUAAAGCCGGUCUGCCCCGCAGCUUCGAGGCCAUCAGCCCCCUGCAGCAAAAGGACAUUCAGAAGGUCAAUGAGCUGAGGAGUAAAGCGGCUUCCAAAGGGCUGGCAGACCGCACCAAUAACAUGACUGUGGCAAGAACGGGACAGCAGGUCAAGAGGUCAAGGAGUGACAGUAACUUUAGCCCGGUGAAGACAAACCCCAGUAAGAAGCCUAUCCUGUCUCUGCCAUCACGUAAGCUGAAUAAAGAACAGGCUGCUGUGCUCAGCGCCGUGCUGAGUGGCAAAAACGUCUUCUUCACUGGAAGUGCCGGUACAGGAAAGUCUUUCUUACUCAAGAGAAUCAUGGGAUCUCUUCCUCCAAAGAGCACCUUUGCCACAGCCAGUACAGGAGUGGCUGCAUGUCACAUUGGAGGAACAACAUUACACAACUUUGCAGGCAUUGGCUCAGGCUGUGCCCCACUGGAGCAGUGUAUCGAGCUGGCUCAGAGGCCUGGGGUGAUGCAGCACUGGACUAACUGUCGACACCUCAUCAUCGAUGAGAUCUCCAUGGUAGAGGCCCAGUUCUUUGAUAAGCUCGAGUCGGUUGCCAGGUCGGUGAGGAGGUCUACUGAGCCAUUUGGAGGCAUCCAGUUGAUCGUUUGUGGCGACUUCCUUCAGCUGCCUCCUGUGUCUAAAGGAAAGGAGAAGGCUAGCUUCUGCUUCCAGGCCAGGAGUUGGCGUAAGGUCAUCCAGAUAAACAUGGAACUGACGGAGGUCCGGAGGCAAACUGACCAGUCCUUUAUCUCCCUGCUGCAGGCAGUGAGGCUGGGCAGGGUGACAGAGGAAGUCACCGCUAAGCUGAUGCAAAGCGCCUACCAUCACAUUGAGAGGGACGGUAUUCUGGCAACCAGGCUGUGCACACACAAGGAUGACGUGGAGCUCACAAAUGACAACAAACUCCAGCAGCUGCCAGGUUCAGUGUGUGUGUUUGAGGCACUUGACAGUGACCCAGCCCUGGUAAAGACAAUAGAUGCUCACAGCCCUGUUAGCAGACUGAUCCAGCUCAAAGUGGGCGCUCAGGUCAUGCUGACGAAGAACCUGGAUGUUGCUCGAGGUCUAGUGAAUGGAGCACGAGGGGUGGUCGUUGCUUUUGAGUCUGGAAAACAUGGACUCCCACGUGUACGUUUCCUGUGUGGCGUUACAGAGGUACUAAAGCCGGAGCGCUGGGUGUUUAAGUCCGGUGGUGGGAUCCACCUGAGUCGACAGCAGCUGCCACUCAAACUGGCCUGGGCCAUCUCCAUCCACAAGAGCCAGGGAAUGACCCUGGACUGUGUGGAAAUUUCUCUGGCACGCGUGUUUGAGAGUGGCCAGGCUUACGUUGCCUUGUCUCGGGCUCGGAGCCUUGAGGGUCUGAGGGUCAUGGACUUUGACCCCCAUGUGGUGCGGGCGGACCCAGAUGUUCUCCUCUUCUAUAAGAAACUCAGGAAGGAGAGGCUGCUCAUGCAGGCCUCAAUGGACAAUUUUGUUGGCAACAACAAAGAAAACUCCUGGUGAGAAGGAGAAUGCCUUUACAUUCUCUGUAAUGGUAUGCACUGUGUGCAGUAGUUUUGUUACUCUUCUGGUGAUAAUAUGGUUUUCUUAAAUGUCUGCAUUCACAGACAUCAGCAUCAACCAUCUACCUCACGCUUCCUGUUUUAACUGGUAGUACUUGAAGUACUUUCACACUGCCACCGUGUGUUCAUUAUUGUAACUUUUUUUUUUUUUUUUUUUUUUA